GUGGUUUUCCCAUCGCCAACAUCGCAGCAGGUAAUGCACACUUUCGUAUUCACGGCUGGAUGGAUGCUUUCUUCAAUUCCUACCGGGCGCCAGUUUGACAGGUGUGUUGUGCUUUUUGCCAUGGCCGCACAUGCAAUGAGCAGUUGCACGCUCGGUACAUCUCGGACUGACAGCUCCCAGCUUGACGACCCUCAAAGUUCGAGCACCUUGCUUCAGCAACGUAGGUCACAUCCCUCUCCAACACUAAUUUAUUCGCGGAAUCCAAGCAUAUAACUCGUUCGCUCGAUACGCAUGGCAAUCUUGCAUUAUAAUUGCAAAUAUGGACGCUAAAUUCACGCUGCAAAUGCUAUCCCGAACAAGCUCCACGUCCACCAUAUGUGCAUGUACCUGGACGCCGGUACACCUGACUCCCACGCAAUGCUGUGCUGCGGCUUUCUCCUGCUCAGUCCUGCC